ACUUUUUGUGCAGGAUUACAUAUUACAUUGUUGUGUACAGGUUAAACCUCUAAAUACAUGGUUAUGUUAAGUAUACCAUAACCACGCAACCCUCUGAAUCCGUCCUUUCAGGCAUUCGUACAGAGUGGUACUGGUACAGAGGUUCGUUAGGUUUAGUGUAUGGGCUAUGGAACCCCAAAACUUUUGCUAAUAGUCCCUCUUCCCCUUCAAUAGCUACGCCCCUGGUGUUUGCACGACAUAAAGUUGAAGUGGCAUCUAGUGGUAACUUGCUUAAGUCAUUUGACGAACAGUGGGAAGUUGUCAGUACAUGUAACGGCAAUCAAACGUUUGUUCCUAUCUAAACCUCGCGUUCCCUUAUUGGUUGGAAGCUGAUCACAUGAUAAGUUGUGGGAUUUUGGAUUGGACGGUUGCAUAAAUGACAGCCCAAUUUUGGACUCUCAUGUAAAAUGGAACAGAACCUAAUUCCAAACAUUUAAAAACGGUGAAGAUUUUGUGAUCAAAUUUUAUAGUUUUAUCUCGAUACUGGAUUUUAUAGUGUUUUUAUAGACAUAAGACCCAUUUUGAGCUGAAAAUCAAGACCCAAGCGCUAGAAUUAUAUAGUUACAGCUUUGCCAGCGUGAUCAAAGAGCAAGUUCAGUACUUUGUAAAAGAGGAAUGUUCAGGAAUCAGGACGAUUUUAGCUAUAUUUUAAACAAGAAUUGAAUUCAAAAAUGGCUCUUUCGAACCCAGGAACACCUAAGACAAACUUCCCAACACCCAAACGGCCAGGAGCAAUCUUCAGCAAUUGUACACCAAGAAGUAACUAUACAACUCCAAAAUCUAAAAAGCAAGAUGCAACUACAGCAUAUACUCCAGAAUGCUUUAGCAAUGUCAUAUUAGAAACACCCCUAAGGAGGAGACCUAGCAAAGAAAAGAAUGAAGAGGGUAGUAAUCUCACAGUUGCUGUUAGAAUAAGGCCCCUGACUGAAAAGGAUCAGGCUGUCCAAGGAGGAGCCUCCAACAUUGUCAAAAUCAGAGAUAAGGAUUUAAUAAUACACAGCAGUAGUCUUGGGACAGAUCACAUCUUCCAAUAUGAUCACAUAUUUUGGUCUUGUGAUAGCUCUAGUCCCAUAUAUGCAUCUCAGGAGGAUGUGUUCACAACUAUAGGUAAACCGUUACUAAAUAGUGCCUUUCAGGGUUACAAUGCCUGCCUUUUUGCAUAUGGACAGACUGGAUCAGGGAAGAGCUUUAGUAUGAUGGGACAACACUUAACAGAAUGUGUAGAUAUCGACUCUGAUGAUUACUGUGGUAUCAUUCCUAGAUUCUGUAGGGAUCUAUUUGAUAGGAUUUCGAAGCUAAAAAGCCACAGCCAUGUAGCUGUGGAGGUAAGCUAUUUUGAGAUCUACAAUGAAAAGAUCCAUGACCUGCUAGCUACCUCAGCCACCAAAUUGCCAUUGAAAGUCAGAGAACAUCCAAUGUGGGGUCCUUAUGUUGUUGACCUGACAGUCAAACCAGUGAAAAGUUACUGUCAGCUCAGAGAAUAUCUUCUGAUGGGCAACAAGAAUAGAGCUAUAGCUGCAACUACCAUGAAUGAAAAGUCUUCAAGAUCUCACAGUAUAUUUUCUGUGGAAUUGUGCAUGUCAGAAGGACUACGUAAGGAAGACAAUAGAAGAAGCAAAGUCAGCCUAGUAGAUUUGGCAGGAAGUGAAAGACUGGGUAAUUCCUAUAACACAGACGACAAAAUGAGAGAAGGUGUCUUCAUCAAUAAAGCUUUAUUGACUCUGGGAAAAGUGAUAUCUGCUUUAGCUGAUCAGAAGAAGAAUCAAUUUGUACCAUAUAGGGAAUCUGUACUCACAUGGCUACUAAAGGAAAGCCUUGGUGGAAAUUCUUUGACAUCAAUGUUAGCCACUAUUUCACCAGCUAGUAGUCAUUUGGAAGAAACAUUGUCUACUUUGAGGUAUGCUUGCCAGGCCAGGUGCAUUGUGAACAGAGCAGUUGUAAAUGAGAGCCCACAUGAAAAAUUGGUUCAGGAAUUAAAAUCGGAGAUAGAUAGAUUGAAAUCAAUAAGAGAUGAUAUGGAACGAACUUCAAUGUCUUCAGCCUCAUCUGUGAUUGUUAUAAAUGAUAGUCAAAAUGAAGAACUGGAAGAUCUCAGGAGCAAAUUGACAGAAACUGAAGCUAAACUUUAUUUAGUGCAGAAGAACUGGGAAGAAAGAUUUUUGGAGACGAAAAAGACUCAGAUGAAAGAACUAGCUGAAGUGGAGAGAUAUAAAGACGAAUUGGAAUCCCGACUUCGAAUCUUAAAAACCGUUGAAAAUGAUGUGACACUGAGUCCUUAUCAAUCGAACUUUCUAGAAGAACUAGAAGGAGUUCUAACUGAUGACCAGAAAAGCCUAUGCGACGAUGAUUUACUUGAAGAUAUCAAAGAAUGGUGCUAUAACAAUGGGCUAAUAUGCACGUUCAACAUUGACUCUAUCAUCAUACAAGACCUUGCAAACAGGAGACAGGCAUGUGUCCAGUUAGGUUCAAUAAAUUACAGCAAUUUGAAUGAUUUCGUCAAAAACCUCACCUGGGCAGAGAUAAGACAGGAACCGAAAAAACUAAGCAAGAUGGAAGUGCUAAAUUCCAUGAAUCAAAUAUACCAAGCAUUGACUGUGUUGCAACCGGCUGACAGCGAAAACACUCUAAGUUUGUUGUUUGCAAAAGUUAACAAGUCCCUACAGAGUUUUGAAACUGCUCUUUUAAACAACAUCAAAAAAAGUAGUGGACAGAAAUCUGUCACUUUCAAUGUUUAAAUUAUACUGUUGCUCAUUCUUCCCGUUAAUAUAAGAUACGACCAACCUCAUAACAUUUCUAGACGAGUGCUUUUUAGAAGCAUAACUUAUCAGACAUGUUUCUCUUGCCAAACAUAUUUCUUUGAGUGUUUUCCCAUUUUUUAUUCGUUUAUUGUACAUAUAUUUUAUAUUUCUGUGUUUUUAUGACAUGCGUUUUUAUUUGGUUUUAAUCUAUUUCUUUGUGUUAUGAUCAUUAGUUGAUCAUAUUUGUAACAAUAUGGUAUAAUAUCAAAAAAAUACUUUAUGAUGACUGUAAAGCAACUUUCAUGUUUUCAAAAGAAUAAAAACAAAAGCAUGCUUGAUUAAGCUUGAGGCUGACAUGAACAUAAAUAGAAUUGGUCUAUCAAUCAUCGCCUUAGAUGUACAAUAUAUAUAUAUAUUUGUAUUAUUACUUGUGUUUUGUGCAAGUUAAAUUAAAUGCAUC